UGUGGGGGCUCCUGGGGAGGGAGCCCGGCGCAGCCCGGCAGCCUCCACAGCGCGAUCCACAGGCCAGGCACGCGGACGCGACAUCCUGACUGCAGUGAGCAUUCCCCAUUCCCGCCAGCCAACAUGAAGACCAUCAUCUUGGCCGCUCUCCUUCUCACCCUUGCCCUGGUGUACGUCCAGGCGAUGCCCGAGGACGCUCACCGGCUUCGAGGAGCGGACCUUCUCAACCAGUCAACAUCAAGUGUCUCCAAGAGCGGAGGCAGUGGCAUGUGCUGGGUCAGUUCCAAAUGCGAGGACAAUUGCAAGCGAGAUGGGCACUACUCCGGCUACUGCUUCUUUUUCAGGUGCUAUUGCAGUGAUGAAAAGCCUUGAAACUUGGAAAAGAAAAGAGAAACAAUCCUCAUGGACUUAGACUGCGCUAUGCAUAAUGACAAUGAUGAACAUAAAAAUAUGCAAUAUUCAAUAAAAAUUUUCAUCAGAA